UGGAGCCACCACAAAAGUACCUAGCGCUAGCGGCAUAUGGUCGAGAAAAGGUAUAAAGGCUCUGUAGACAACAUAUGUGUUUGUGAUGAAUUCGUCAUUUGAUACUUAAAUCAGCGAUUUCCUUGAUCUGUGAACACUACACUUACAAGAUUCGUUCCCAGUGAUUGCCAAUUAACGCCAAGAUGUCAUCGUCUAACGACCUCAUCAGCUUGGCCGAAGCGGAAGAGUUCCUUGAGAGCACCUUGCAGCUUCAGUUCCCCAUGGGCCGGCUGAAAGAGGACCGUGAGGGCUUCCUGCGUGACGUCAUCACCAGCUGCUAUAGGCGGAUUCCUUUCCAGAGUGUUACUGCGAUCGCCACGCCCAAACCAGAUAGGCGCGCGUUGACCUUCCCAGAGAUCAAGUUCAACAUGAUGACCCAGAAAGGUGGUUUCUGCUGCGAGUUAAACUACUUCAUCAGAGUGCUCUUGGAGACGCUUGGGUUCGAGGUUUACCACAUUGCAUUCUCCGCGUUUGGAAAACUGAACAAUCAUAUGGCAAACGUGGUCAGAAACCUGAACCGACCGGGCGACCUCCAUCUGGUAGACAUAGGGACCGGUUAUCCCUUGUUCAGACCCAUCCCUCUGAACUUUGACAAAGAGUCGCCGAUCUACAACGACAGCUUUCUGUUUAAUAAGUUUGUGAAAGACGCCGAUGGCAGCGUCCGAUGGGUGCACAGAGUCUACCGGGAGUAUAACGACUGCCCAUCGGAAAACGUCGGCGACGAAUGGUACACGUUCAUGAUGUCCAACUUGGAGUUCCGGGAUUACGAAUUUUUUAUGGAGAACAUGGAAAACAUCCAUACAGUUGAGAGUGGACCAAAGGCCCUUGCGCCUUUUUUGGUCAGCUUGAGAGCGGCAGACUUCCGCAACGGGAGGCUCUUCGCAAUCAAGGAUACCACCAUCUUGGAGGAAGACGCUAGCGGUAAGGUGAACAAGAAGCGUAUAUCGUCCCCUCAAGACUUGCUGGAGGCAUACAAGGUCCACUUUCCACAGUUUUCCACCGAGAUUGUACAGCGGGCUAUACAGAUUGUCACGCUCGAAUUUGAAAGCUAAGUUUGUCAAUCGAGUCACGGCACUUACUCAUUGAAAUUUGCUGUAACAUAAUGUGAUGCAAUCAAGCUAAAUGGGUCGUUGGUCGGGCAUUUCCAUUUGGAGAUUCAGGCCAAAAAUUAACAGGGCCACUUCAUCACAUUACUUCAUCACAUCUCUUGGUGUUCCGACUUUCAUACUUUUGAACUAAAGAUGAUACUAGCAUGCGGUUUUACAGCAGUAGAAUACCAAUGGAAAACGACGAGAGUUAUUCUAGAGGCAGGGAAACACUGGAUUUGGUCAGAAAAUGAUAUACAGUUUUGUGAUCCAACCUUUUCCCUGGAAAAGUUGCCCAAGGUGAAAUUCAGUAAUGUGAUGUCUCAUUACAAUUUCUUUUGUUGUUGUUGUUGAGGUUUUUGUUUUUUCAUGAGUUUUAAUAUGAGGCUUACAGCUGGGAGGAAACAUACGUUAACUUACAUGAUCGUACAUAGCAGCGGGUAACGCAUAAACUAUUAUAAGAUGGAAUUUUUUUUUUUGCGCCGGGGUGAUAUUAUUCAAUUAUUCAAGGGCAAUUCCUAAUUUGAAUUACAUGAUCGUGUUUCCAAAGGUUUUUCUCUACAAGAUGUGUUGUAGAUUGUUGGACAAUUCGGUGUUUCGUGAGAGAUUUGGGGAGAAAUGCAUAUCUUGAUAUUCAUUGAAAUUGGACAAAUCGUAAAAAAUGUGUACCUGGCAAGGUUUUAAAAAAAAAUGCACUUUAACCGGUUAAAGCAUUUAAUUCAUACUGAUACUUCAUUAACUUUAUUUAACUCGUUUAUCGUUUCUUAUUUUUACUAAACUCGUUGAUUGUUUGGGGCAAUUCGGUUUCGCAAAUUGGUAGACUGUUCCUCUUAUAUACAAACGAGAGUUGUUUGGAUUAUUUCAAAAGCUGGUUAUCUUGACAACACGGUUCAUUUACUCGCUAAAUUAAAUUUGUCAUAUGAAGACAUCUAUGAAAACGUUUGAAGACAUCCAUGAUCUAAAUGUGGGGAAUUAUGUAUGUUUAAACUUAUGAAAGGUUCGAUGCCUAAUAGUGUUCGUUCAACCAUGUUAUUAUCCGCCGAUGUUCAUUUAUAUUAGGAGAAGUUCAUCUCGAAGUACUUUGUAUCAAAUACAUAAUCAAACAACUUUGCUUAAAUGUGGACGCUUACAACACGGCAUCAAAUUCUGGAAGAGCCAAGUAGAUACCCUUGGACAGUCAGGGUCAUAAAUAUAUUCACACACAUAAAACACACCUCAAAACCAAGUUGAUGGCCGUGAGGGCUUUCUGCGUGACGUCAU